AUGAAGACCAACCUGACAGACCCCGACAUGCAUGUCCUGUUCUUCGACGUGGAGGCGGUGAUUAUCCAGCUGCUCACGGAGGAGGCCCAGCGGCCCAACCCCACCCUGGUCUCCCCUGAGACCCUCCAGAAGGCCCAGGGAGCAGCCGACAAGGGAGGGUCCUUCCUGGCCAACAAGAUCUUCAAACAGGUGAAGGGAGGGAGGGAUGGAUGGUUUGUCCCGUUGGGUUGGGGCUCCCUAUGCACUGUAGUGCACUACUUUUGGCUCUGGCCAAAUGGGGAAUAGGGUGCCAUGCUGGCUCUGGCCAAAUGGGGAAUAGGGUGCCAUGCUGGCUCUGGCCAAAUGGGUAAUAGGGUGCCAUGCUGGCUCUGGCCAAAUGGGGAAUAGGGUGCCAUGCUGGCUCUGGCCAAAUGGGGAAUAGGGUGCCAUGCUGCCUCUGGCCAAAUGGGGAAUAGGGUGCCAUGCUGGCUCUGGCCAAAUGGGGAAUAGGGUGCCAUGCUGGCUCUGGCCAAAUGGGGAAUAGGGUGCCAUGCUGGCUCUGGCCAAAUGGGGAAUAGGGUGCCAUGCUGGCUCUAGCCAAAUGGGGAAUAGGGUGCCAUGCUGGCUCUGGCCAAAUGGGGAAUAGGGUGCCAUGCUAUCUCUGGCCAAAUGGGGAAUAGGGUGCCAUGCUGGCUCUAGCCAAAUGGGGAAUAGGGUGCCAUGCUGCCUCUGGCCAAAUGGGGAAUAGGGUGCCAUGCUGGCUCUGGCCAAAUGGGGAAUAGGGUGCCAUGCUGGCUCUAGCCAAAUGGGGAAUAGGGUGCCAUGCUGGCUCUGGCCAAAUGGGGAAUAGGGUGCCAUGCUGCCUCUGGCCAAAUGGGGAAUAGGGUGCCAUGCUGGCUCUGGCCAAAUGGGGAAUAGGGUGCCAUGCUGGCUCUGGCCAAAUGGGGAAUAGGGUGCCAUGCUGCCUCUGGCCAAAUGGGAAAUAGGGUGCCAUGCUGCCUCUGGCCAAAUGGGGAAUAGGGUGCCAUGCUGCCUCUGGCCAAAUGGGGAAUAGGGUGCCAUGCUGCCUCUGGCCAAAUGGGGAAUAGGGUGCCAUGCUGGCUCUGGUCAAAUGGUGAAUAGGGUGCCAUGCUGGCUUUGGCCAAAUGGGGAAUAGGGUGCCAAUAGGGUCCAAAUGAAAUACUUCUCAUAAAAACACAGUACAAUAAGCCCCGCCUCCAUUGUUUUUAUUACUGAUUGGUGGCCAUUUUGUCAUGUCCAACAGGUGAAGGAGACAGUGAAGGAGACCAUUAAGGAGCACCUCCUGGAUGAAGAUGAGGAGGAAGAGGAGGAGAUGAGGAGACGGGAGGAGAAGUCUAAGUCUCUGUCUCUGUUGGAGUAUAACCUGACCAUGGACACUGCCAAACUGUUCAUGUCCUGUCUCCACGCCUGGGGCCUCAACGGACCGCUGGACGAGGUGUGUCUGAGCCGACUGGGCAUGCUCAAACCCCACUGCCCCAUCUCCUUCGGCCUCAUCUCCCGCGGAGGUCACAUGUCUCUCAUGCUGCCCACCUUCAAGGUAAAGAUUUUUACUAUUGAAGAUUUUCCAAAUUAUAUUAGCUGAUAGGGUUUUUGGAAUUGAUUUCUAACUCCUCCGUACCAAUUAGGAGUCCCUGCUGCGGCAGAUGGCCCUGGUCACGGGCAGGAAGUUGUCCCUGUCAGAGAUGGUGGGUAAAGGGACGUACGGAGUGUCCCGGGCCGUGACCACCCAGCACCUGCUCUCUGUCAUCUCAUUGGCUAACACCCUGAUGGGCAUGACCAACGCAACCUUCGUGGGAGAACACAUGAAGAAGGCACCCGUCAGGUACAAGGGCGAUAUUUCUUAAAGCGGCAAUCAGCAGUAGAAACAAUAACAAAGCACACUCCCCGCCCCUGUUUCGGUUAACAACUGAGGGAUGGGACUGGAGAAAUGUAACCACUCUCAAAUUCAUAGACAGAGCUAUGGAUGCAAGGACUGACCAUCCAUGAUAUCAAAAUGAUACUUUUAACCAUGUUUUGAUGCUGGAGUGUUUGUUUACAUUUACCUUGUUUACAAACAUUGGAGUAAAAUGCUUCUAUUUUGGGUUCUGACGGGGUACGACAGUUGAACUAAGGUCAUCAGGCAUUUAUCAUUUAUAUUCUUCAAGAAUCAAUGGGUACAUAUCAUGAAUUUAUAAGUCCAAAAAUUGAUGUAGCAAUUACUGAUUGCCCUUUUAAAAGAUGUGUGAACACAGGUACGCGCUCACUCACACUCACACACACACACACACACAGGCACACGCACACAGGCACAUACCACAUCACCGAUUCCACUACAGCAGAACAAAUCAAAAAAGUACUACUACUACUGUGUAACACAUUACAGAUUCCACCAGCAAGACAAAACCAAACAACAAAACCAAACGCAACAUUAGAACCCUGCUCAACGUGUAUGUAUGUAGGUAUCCAUUAUCCAAUAUUAAUAAGGAUGCAGUGUAGCUUUGAAUGAUGGGUAGAUCCACAGUCUUAGACCUGUGGGCCUGUCCCCAGUCUGCAAUAUCUCCAGGCCCCAUGUCCGCUGUGGGCCUGUCCCCAGUCUGCAAUAUCUCCAGGCCCCAUGUCCGCUGUGGGCCUGUCCCCAGUCUGCCAUAUCUCCAGGCCCCAUGUCCGCUGUGGGCCUGUCCCCAGUCUGCAAUAUCUCCAGGCCCCAUCCGCUGUGGCGUCCAGUCUGCAAUAUCUCCAGGCCCCAUGUCCGCUGUGGCCGCCCAGUCUGCCAUAUCUCCAGGCCCCAUGUCCGCUGUGGGCCUGUCCCCAGUCUGCCAUAUCUCCAGGCCCCAUGUCCGCUGUGGGCCUGUCCCCAGUCUGCAAUAUCUCCAGGCCCCAUGUCCGCUGUGGGCCUGUCCCCAGUCUGCGAUAUCUCCAGGCCCCAUGUCCGCUGUGGGCCUGUCCCCAGUCUGCAAUAUCUCCAGGCCCCAUGUCCGCUGUGGGCCUGUUCCUUAGUCUGCAAUAUCUCCAGGCCCCAUGUCCGCUGUGGGCCUGUCCCCAGUCUGCAUAUCUCCAGGCCCCAUGUCCGCUGUGGGCCUGUCCCAGUCUGCAUAUCUCCAGGCCCCAUGUCCGCUGUGGGCCUGUCCCCAGUCUGCAAUAUCUCCAGGCCCCAUGUCCGCUGUGGGCCUGUCCCCAGUCUGCAAUAUCUCCAGGCCCCAUGUCCGCUGUGGGCCUGUCCCCAGUCUGCAAUAUCUCCAGGCCCCAUGUCCGCUGUGGGCCUGUCCCCAGUCUGCAAUAUCUCCAGGCCCCAUGUCCGCUGUGGCCCCUGGCCCGGUGUGGCGUUGCUGGAACUGGGGAUGAUUGCCUGGUUAGUAUUGAGAUGUUGUUCGGCCUUAGUUUGUACACAGAGCAGAGAGCAGAGACAGGGGAGGAGGUGGUCUGGUUGUUAGAACUUCCUCCGCUUGGUCUCGUAGGGAGCUGAAUGAUUUAACAACAUGCUGUUGCUGAAACGCUAGAUACAGGAUGACAAUUUCAUGAAGUCUAUCGACUGCCUCUUGAUGUGUUUUGUAUUGUUUUCGUACAUAAAACAGGGGAGCAGGCGGACGGACAGACAUGGCUCAUAGAAAAGAAGGGAGGACAGAUGGACGGACAGACUUCCUCUCAUCUAGUCUUCUAGCCGUAUAGAUGCUCCAAGCCAGUCCUCAAUAUUUCAAAACGUUGUCUUUUUCAUGUGACCAUCUUAGAUUUAUGACAGUGUUCUAGAAUAUAUUUCUUCCUGGCUAGUUUAAAAUAAAGAAGAAUGUCAAGAAACAAUGUAUUACCAUUAACCCCCAGUUUAGGCCUAAUUCAUGUAAAAGAGAAGCUUUUAGAACAACGCUCUGACAUGUGUUACUUCAAAUGAAUGAACUCUCGUUGUGCAUCAGCAGGACUAGUACACAUCUCAAUAGACCUAGUACACAUCAUAUCUCAGUAGGCCUAGUACACAUAAUAUCUCAGUACGCCUAGUACACAUCAUAUCUCAGUAGACCUAGUACACAUCAUAUCUCAGUAGACCUGGUACACAUCAUAUCUCAGGAGACCUAGUACACAUCAUAUCUCAGUAGACCUAGUACACAUAAUAUCUCAGUAGACUUAGUACACAUAAUAUCUCAGUAGACCUAGUACACAUAAUAUCUCAGUACGCCUAGUACACAUAAUAUCUCAGUACGCCUAGUACACAUCAUAUCUCAGUACGCCUAGUACCACAUAAUAUCUCAGUAGACCUAGUACACAUCAAUCUCAGUAGACCAUAGUACCAUAAUUCUCAGUCGACCUAGUCCACUAAUAUCUCAGUACGACCUAGUACACAUCAUAUCUCAGUACGCCUAGUACACAUAAUAUCUCAGUAGGCCUAGUACACAUAAUAUCUCAGUACGACCUAGUACACAUAAUAUCUCAGUAGACCUAGUACACAUAAUAUCUCAGUAGACCUAGUACACAUAAUAUCUCAGUAGACCUAGUACACAUAAUAUCUCAGUACGCCUAGUACACAUAAUAUCUCAGUACGCCUAGUACACAUAAUAUCUCAGUAGACCUAGUACACAUAAUAUCUCAGUAGGACCUAGUACACAUAAUAUCUCAGUACGCCUAGUACACAUAAUAUCUCAGUACGCCUAGUACACAUAAUAUCUCAGUAGACCUAGUACACAUAAUAUCUCAGUAGACCUAGUACACAUAAUAUCUCAGUAGACCUAGUACACAUAAUAUCUCAGUAGGCCUAGUACACAUAAUAUCUCAGUAGGCCUAGUACACAUAUAUCAGUACGCUAGAUACACAUAAUUCUCAGUAGACCUAGUACACAUAAUAUCUCAGUACGCCUAGUACACAUAAUAUCUCAGUAGACCUAGUACACAUAAUAUUCUCAGUAGACCUAGUACACAUUAAAUAUCCUCAGUAGACCUCCUAGUACACAUAAUAUCUCAGUAGACCUAGUACACAUAAUAUCUCAGUAGGGACCUAGUACACAUAAUAUCUCAGUACGCCUAGUACACAUAAUAUCUCAGUAGACCUAGUACACCAUAAUAUUCAGUAGGCCUGUACACAUAAUAUCUCAGUACGCCUAGUACACAUAAUAUCUCAGUACGCCUAGUACACAUAAUAUCUCAGUAGGCCUAGUACACAUAAUAUCUCAGUAGACCUAGUACACAUAAUAUCUCAGUAGACCUAGUACACAUAAUUAUCUCAGUAGGACCUAGUACACAUAUAUCUCAGUAGGCCUAGUACACAUAAUAUCUCAGUAGGACCUAGUACACAUAAUAUCUCAGUAGACCUAGUACACAUCAUAUCUCAGUAGACCUAGUACACAUAAUAUCUCAGUAGGACCUAGUACACAUAAUAUCUCAGUAGACCUAGUACACAUAAUAUCUCAGUAGACCUAGUACACAUAAUAUCUCAGUAGACCUAGUACACAUCAUAUCUCAGUAGACCUAGUACACAUAAUAUCUCAGUACGCCUAGUACACAUAAUAUCUCAGGAGACCUAGUACACAUAUCUCAGUACGCCUAGUACACAUAAUAUCUCAGUACGCCUAGUACACAUAAUAUCUCAGUAUGCCUAGUACACAUAUAUCUCAGUACGCCUAGUACACUAAAUAAAUAAUCUCAGUACACAUAGUAAUGGUACCUGGUCAUACGUGGUCCUCGUAGCUCAUGUUAGUAGACACGGCUUUUGUAACGCCAAUGGUAGUGUGGUUCGAUCCCCGGGACCACCCAUGCACAAAAAAUGUAUGCACGCAUGACUGUAAGUCGCUUUGGAUAAUAGCGUCUGCUAAAUGGCAUAUUAUAUUAUUAUUAUUAUUAUCAAAUCUCAGCAGCCACCUGGGGGACUGUGGAGGUACUGCAGUAUCCAUAUGCAUGUGUACUUAUUUUUAUAAUUUUUAUGAAUAUUACUAACAACAACAGAUGAAUCCCCUAAAGUUGAUGUCUGCGCCCCCUCUGAAGUCUAAUCCGUUUAAGCUAGAGAUAUCUGUUUUCUGCAUUGGAUGCGUCUCAAUCCACCGCAUCCGCCGAUGUGGCACUUCAGCAUCUGCGGUGAAAAGUUGACGGAGCUAGAGCGGCGUUUGUCAGACCAUGAGACAGCCCGAAAAUCGUUUUUCUCUCAAAAAUCGUAUCUUAGUAGAGGCCUGGUACACAACCGUUUGGGCUAGACAUUGUUGUGACCGCUCUGUGGAAAAGUGAGACUCUCACGAACACGUACAUGUCGAACCCCUGGCCUAAACAACAACAGUAAUUGUGUAAAGACGGGGAUGCAGGGCUGUGUUCCAAACAACUACAAGGGUCCUUGAUCUAGUUCCUCAACCUCACAGCUAGGAGAGCUAACAACAAAUCCCCUUCUAGUUGGAGACUCUGGUUUGAGAGGUUUGUGGCCACUUGGAAACACCAGUUAGACCUCUCACUUGACAUUUUUGUUGUUGUCCUAAUGUUGCACCUACCCCAAAUUUUCUAAGAAUAUUCUUAUCAUGUUACUGAAUGUUUCCAGAGUAUUUUCAGUAUUCGUUAUCAACAAAUGCGGGCGGAAAAGUACGGUAAAUGUAAAAUGCACAUAAAAUCAACUGUGUAAUGCUUGGAUUCAGUGUUGUCGGGUGAACUGUCCUCACCUUUUAGACUAAGAAUUUUCCCAUAAUCUGUUUCAAUUGUAAUUGCUACCUUAGUUAUGUAUAUGCUUUCCAUAUUGGCCAAUCCCCAGGGAUUUACAGGGGUUAACAGCUCAGCUUUGUAUGUACUUUCCACCCUACUAGUUGCGUGUGUGUGUUUCCUGUAUCAGGUGUUUACACUGGGUAAGAUGCUCUGAGUUAAAGAGGAGUGCAUUUCCCAGGCUGCGUCACAAAUGGCACCCUAUUCCCUACGUAGUACACUUCUUUUGAACAGAGUCCUAUGGGCCCUGGUCAAAAGUAGUGCACUAAAUAGGGAAUAGGGUGCCAUUUGGGAUACAUACCCGUGUCUGUCUGGCCUGGCCUGGCCUUUGUGUGAUAAACAGUGGAUGGGCCCUUAAUGAAAUCAAUGAUCUGUUAGAAGUAUUGUGCAGCUCGCUCCUAGCGAAGCGUUGUACAAGCCUACUGGAACAAUAUGCCCUGAUCACGCUAAAGGGUUCCUAUCCUGUUUCUAUCCAGACUCCAAGUAGCUGAAGAAAUGUGUCCGUGCCGUGAUGAAUAGGAAGUCCGCCUCAGGUUGGUCAGAUAGACUACCAUUGGCUGUUUACUACAGGCAUCUAACCUCGGAGGCUUAAGGAAAAGAGUCAACUGGGAUCAAACUAAAGGUCAUAAAAUAGAUCCAUUAAAUAAAGCGAUCCGAUUCUAAACAAAAAAUACGUACUUCAGUAUUGACGGUGCAGUUCUCUGUGAUAGGAUAUUGUUGACAGUUUCACUGUCAUGAUACUUUAUAAGGACCCACAGUGGACAUCUCAUUGCUGGACCUAACUGGGGUAGGGAGGACUGAAAGAAGAUUCACAUCAACAUCACCACUCUCUUUCUACAGACCUCUCUCUGGAGGUCUGUGACAUUUAGUAAAGGCUACAGACUUCUCUCUCUGGAGGUCUGUGACAUUUAGUAAAGGCCACAGACCUCUCUCUCUGGAGGUCUGUGACAUUUAGUAAAGGCCACAGACUUCUCUCUCUGGCUAAACUUCUCUCUCACUAACUUUACUUUGUCUUCACUCUCCUGAGAGAGCAACUAGUUUGUCAGAUAAAAUGUUAGAACUUUUCCCUCCAGAUCAGGAUUUUGUAACAUCCAAGGGUCACAGGCAGCCUAUUAGUGUUAGAUCCCGGUACAGCACAUGUGGUCAACUUUUAGCUUCAGCUAACGAGAGAGAACCGUUCUACUGUUCAUUCCCUUCAUUAGUCCCAAUGCAACAGGGUGCAGUCAGCAAAAUGGAACACUUACUGUAAGGAGCUGUAAAGAUCCCAGUGGAGGUCUGAGCAACCUGUUAAUACAGCCUCUGAUAAUACGUGUUACUGUGUAUUUGGCCCAGGUGAUUUAGUCAGGACGGGAUGAAACCCUGGUGGGAGGAGCGCUGCAGUUGGGGGAGAGCUACAGGUGUUAUAGGCAGUAAUGAUGAGGCUCCUUCCUUUAACAUUGUGGGCUGAGAAAAAAAGCCUUGGGCCUUUCAACAACUAGAUAGAACAGAACAGGCCACAUCUGAACCUUUAGUUACCCUGAAUGAAAAUGGGAAUUGAGGAUGUUUUGUAUAGUGAUGAUUUGUUGUUCAUAACCUCUCUCUCUGUUUACACACACAUACACACACACACACACGGCCCCACUACUAAGCUUGUUGUUUCAACACAGCACAUGGACACAACAUUUUCAAGCUUCUCUGUCUGCUAAAUAUUUGAUGGUGUCUUUGUGUUGUUCUGUUCUCCAGGCCUCCUAGACCCGGGACCCCUGAGACGCCCAAAAAGACUGCAGCACCCCCCCAGGUCUCCAGCCCGGCUGUGCAGGGACAGAUCAAACAA